UCGUUCGUUGGCUGUGAACCGAUGGGGCUGUUCUGGAGUCUGGCGCCGGCUCCAGGAGAGAGAGAGGGACUAAGGCAGGUUGAGAAAGAGGAACAUGCACACUCCCUAUGUGUUUAAAGUGUCUGUUUUGGAGGGCCACGUUUCUCUAGGUCACCGGGGAGCAGAGCACACAGAGCUGGCCUCCAUCUCCACUGAGCGCUGGUACAUGGCUCCAGGGGUUAAGAGGAUCGAGAUCCGACAAAAUGGACUUGUAGGGACCUUAUUCCUACCCCCAGGUCCUGGUCCAUUCCCGGCCAUUUUAGAUCUUUGGGGGAUGGGUGGAGGUUUGGUGGAGUACCGCUCGGCUUUGUUAGCAUCCAGAGGCUAUGCUAGCUUCUCCCUGGCCUACCUUGGGCACAAGGAUCUGCCUGGGCCGCUAAAUACAAUCAAUGUUGGGAACACAUACUUCAAGACAGCAUUUAAGUUCCUCCAGGACCAUGAUCAGAUUUGUCGGGACAGAGUGGGGAUCGUGGGCGUCUCUUAUGGAGGUUACCUGACUCUGAGAACAGCCACUUUACCUGAAGUCAAGCCAUCCUGUUUGAUUUGCAUAAACGGACCAGUGGGCAGCACCGUUCCACUCACUGAUGAUGAAGGGAGAGAUGAAGAUUUCAAUCCUCGCCAAAAACCCUGGACUUUCAACGAUGAUGGCCAUGUCACUUUCAAGGAUGUCUCGCUCCCGGCGAACAUACCACCAGCACACAUAGUCAAGAUGGAGAAGAUUCCUUGUCCGGUCUUGUACAUUGCCAGUGGGGAUGACUUGUGCGCGUAUCCUGCAGAGAACGCUGAUCUGUUGGAGCAGACCCUAAAUGCCUAUGGUAAGGGGCACCUGUUCACCCGCCUGUCGUAUCCUGGAGCUGGGCACCUCGUCGAGCCUCCAUUUACCCCCAACACCCGAAUGGGUCUGUGGAGCGUCAAACCAAAGAAACUGUUUAUUCCUUGGGGCGGACAACCAUCCCCUCACGCUGUGGCCCAGGAGGACGCAUGGAGAAAGGUGCACCAGUUCAUGGAAACUCACCUCAGAGGAGACAGAGGGUAGGGCAUUAAAAAGGGCACCUGACUCUAUUCCCAUAAAGAACCCUACACAGACAAAUGUACCCCAUAGAUGUAUGUAAGUUUAUGUUACAGCAGUUACCAUGGUGACACUAUUUACAUACUACACAAGGUUAAUAGUAGAAUGUUUAGGAACAGGAUUAUGUGAAGGUGUGGAAAAUGGCUCUGGUUUGGGUUAAGCCUUAGCUGUUUUUGUUUUGGGGUACUUGUAACAUGUUAGCAGAGGUUACUUUAAAAACACAUUUGUCACCUACUGGCCUUAUCUCAACGUAUCCUUACACGACACUGUCAAAUAAGUUUUAAGAUCAUCUGAAAACUCAAGAACAAUACAAAAUGGAUUUAAACAACACUUUUUCAGGACCCUGUGAUCAACACUUUCAGUGGUCCUGUUUAGGAGUUGGACAACAAAAAUGUGAGAGUGACUAGUUCACUUGUGACUGUAAUGUUAUUUGAUAGGAACUUGUUUAACAGCACAAAUAAUCUCACCUGUUCUAGUUCCAGCUAAGUCACUUUUUUGUGGUUACAUUAUGUUUAAACAGUAAAAACUAAACUGUUAACCUGAGGUAAAAAAAUAUAUGUAUCAUUUUGUUUGUAAAUUAUGGGUGACUAAUGAGCUUCUUUGUUUCACACGUGUCAUUCUGGAUUUGUUAGUUAAGGAUUUUGAUUGACAUCCACUGCACUAGAUCCCAUUAUGUGUGGUCAUUCAGGUAUUAAACUGUCAUUCAGAGAAUAUUUUAUGUCUGACUAUGUCUAAAACCUGUUUACUCUGUACUGUAGACCUCUACAAACAUGUAAUGAAAUGACUCAUGCCUAAUAAAUACAAAUACAUUUUCAAAUCCAUGCUUAUAUUUUAUUGUAUGCAUAUUAUUUAA